AUGCCGUACGAUUAUCCCGCCGCGAAGACUGUGCUCUCGGAAACUGAGAAAGACCGUAUCCUCGCACUCUACCUGAGCAGCAACACCACCGCUGUGAACGCAGUCUUCGACUGGGAGAAGGCAACCACAGCAUUCGGAUCUGCCAGUGUGGCCAGCAUGAAGAUUUCUCUCAACAACUCACUCAAGAAGCUCACAAAGCUAGGCGACGGAGAGGAAGUGGUCCCGAGCUCAGUCAAAACCCCGGGCGGACGCAAGCGUAAAAUCAAAGAAAGUGAAGGGAAUGCUGCAGAGAGCACCCCGUCCAAGCAUGGAGGAGGCAAGAAGAAGAAUGUCAAGGCGGAGGUGGCAGGUGAGCGCUUCAUCAUUAGAUUUCCCUCCUUCUUCCACUAUCUACGGACCUCUUCUCCAGGAGAUGUGCACGAGGAGGACGCAAUCGGGGCCUUCAAAGGCGAAUUUGAUUGA